UCAUUAUCGAUAUACGGUUAAGACACUUCCUGUUAUGUUAAAAACAAAAUGUUGCUGAGGUCGUAUGCAAUUAUUUUACAUUGUGCUAAGCGAAAUCUUAGCAGAUCAUCUUGUCUUUGUGGAAUAAAGUCACGUAAACCUUGGGAUAAAAGAUUCCCAGUAAGGGAAGAAGAUGUUGGUCCUGAUGCUAAAGGAGGAAGUGUUGAAAUGGCCGAAGCCUUACCCGAGCAAAUUGUGGCACCAACGGGCAUUAUUCACAGGGUAACUAAAGAAUUCAUUCACAUCCCUGAGAUGGUACCUGAAUUUAUAGUCCCAGAUUUAACUGGAUUUGAGUUGAAGCCUUAUGUGUCUUAUAAAGCAACAGAAAUAAACCAAGGACCUCUAACUCCAGUAGAAAUUUUCAAUUCAGUUUAUGCCCCAAAGUUAGAGGACGAUUUCAAGGCUGGCAAAGUGAAAGUUGAGAAUGACAAAAUCACACUGGCAGAUGGAAAAGUUAUAAAGAUUAAACAUGAAAGUGCCACGUGACAAUAUAGAUAAUUUUGUUACGAUUUCUUUGCAUUGUGAUCAUCUUUUGUGUAUGUCAUUUAUUUUUAAAUUAAAAAAUACAUACUAAUA